AUGAUGACCCAAGAACAGGGGAUAUUAACUCCAACAAAGAACAUGAAUGCAAGCAAGUUCAAUAUCAAUCAUGGUCACUUCAUUACAAAUCUAGAAUCCCUAGAGAGCCCCACGAAGAAGAAGGACAAUGCAAACAUAAGUGGAAAUGGAGGCAACGGCAAUUCGAACUAUAGUCCUGGGAAGUACUCUACAAGCAGAGUAAUAGAAUCUCUCCAUGGAAAAAUCGACGAUUUAACGAAUACCAACCUGAAAAUGACAACCCAGUGCCAUCAUUUGGUGAAAGAGCUAGAAUCUUCCAGCGAGGCUCGUAAGAAGCACCUAGAAACGAUUUCAAGGCUGCAGACAGAAAAUGUGAAUUUAAAGGCGAUGCUAGACAGAAAGAGUAAUAGAUUGAGCGAACUGGAAGCCUCAUUGAAGCAAGAAUCAACUUCAAAUAGCGAUUUGCUCAAGAAGAACCAAGAGCUGGAAGAAACUAUCAAAAGUUUACAAAAGGAAAACGAAAAACUCACAGAGCAAUCUACUAUGUACAAAGUUCAGUAUGAUGCUGUGGCAGACUCACACAAAACGUACAAAGAUUACUUCACUAACGAGAUCAGCUCGUUACAACACAAUCUAGCAUUACUCGAGAGAUCUAUGACGAAACAGGUAGAGUCAAAGGUCAAUGAAGUAUACGAGAUAGACAACAAGAUACAGCAAAAGUUGAAGAGCUUAGAAUCAUCAACGGAAACCUUCCAGAGACAUGCUACAGAGGAGAUCGAAGCAAACAUCAAGAAAUUAGAUUUGGAAAGCUGGGAACACUCCCUCCAAGAGGCUCAGCAAUUGCUAAAGAAAUACAAGGCUCAGGCUCAGGCCGAGGGUGUGAACUUGCAGGAUAAGCCUCAAAUGCCUCCUCUUAGAAACAAUAAGCGGAAAACAAGUGCUCAAAAAAGAACAAGUUUCUACGGAACACCUACCGGGUUCUCUGCAGUAUCUAACAUACAAUCCCCUCCAUCUAGCUCUGCUAAACAACUACCAGGACUCAAACGAGCCUCAUCAAUUAGAGUACCGUCCGAUAAUAACAAGAAGUGA